UCUACCAUCGACUGAAAGCUAGCCGUGCGGAGGGGAGGAAAAAACAGCUGAAAAAAAGUUUGAACGGGAGAGGGCUGUUUUAAAACCAAGCGGAUUGUUUCGACACAAACGGACAGGCGCUCGUCGGGCUCUUUGCCCCACUUUUGGAUCACGAUAUGGACGCUUUGAAAUCCGCUGGAAGGGCAAUUAUACGGAGCCCCAGUAUCGCCAAACAGUCGUGGGCUGCUAGCAGACAUAAAAAACUUCCAGAGAACUGGACGGACACGAGGGAGACCCUUCUGGAGGGGAUGGUGUUCCAGCUCAAGUACCUUGGGGUCACAAUGGUUGAGCAGCCCAAAGGAGAGGAGCUGUCCGCGGCUGCUGUCAAGAGGAUAGUGGCCACGGCCAAAGCCAGUGGAAAAAAACUCCAGAAAAUCACAUUAACAGUCUCCCCAAGAGGAAUCAUCCUAUACGACAGUGCCUCCAACCAGCUGAUAGAAAACAUCUCCAUAUACAGAAUAUCAUAUUGCACGGCGGACAAGAUGCAUGAUAAAGUGUUUGCCUACAUCGUCCAGAGCCAACACAAUGAGACUCUGGAGUGUCAUGCCUUCCUCUGCACUAAGAAAAAAAUGGCCCAGGCGGUAACCCUAACAGUGGCUCAGGCUUUCAGAGUGGCGUUUGAAUUCUGGCAGGCUGCCAAGGAAGAGAAAGAGAAGCGAGUGAAGUCGGGUUCAGACGGAGAAGGAGCUAGCAACUCCCAGUCGGACAGCUCGGCCAGCCUGGGCAGCCUGAAGGGAGGAGAAGUAGCGACAGGAAAACUUCUGGAUUUGGCAGAGGGAGCCAACGUGGCGCUGAUCCACUCAGGAACAAAGCAGACUGAAUCGGAUCCCUUUAUGGUGCAUAAUCACGCAACAGAGAACAACAAUACUGUAUGGGAGUUGGAGGACGGUCUGGAUGAAGCUUUCUCAAGACUCGCUGAGUCUCGCACUAACCCCCAGGUCCUGGACAUUGGGGUAAAUCCUCAGGACUUCAACACUGAAGAGUGCCUGUCCCCAGGCAAAUGGGACCAAGAGGACACAGACUUCACCACGCAAAAAGACACUUUUUAAAAGUGAAGCCUCCGUCAGGAAAAGGGGAAACAGGGAAGCAGGAGGAGAAACGGUGGUAACAAAAAACAUGGUUGGAAACUGAAGUGACAAACAGACAUUUGUGACAUCGGUAAGGUUUCCAGCUCUCUCCCACCCGCCGUGUCCUCUCAGUGGUUCGGUCGAGUGGCUCUCUGAUGCUCCUGCAUCCACCGGAGGAGGACAGCAUGAGCAGACUGCUCACAGAACAGGCCAAAGCAAUACAAACCAAUUAAUCCCUUUUUCUAUGAGAAAAAAACAUGCAGUCAUUUAAUGUUUGUUACAGUCAGUGUAUUACUUCCUUUUUGUGUCUGUUUACCCAUUCACUGUUAGUAAUGUGUUUGUGGUAUGUGCUUGUGUACAAUGCGUUAAAGAAACUGUGUGUGUGUGUGGAUGUACAGUAUAUACAUGUACAAAGCGAGAUAUGAAAGAUAUGAUGUGUUGAGUUUUGAACAGGUCAUUACAUGAGGGAAAGGUCUACAAGGGUGCUGUCACAUAUUUUAUUUACUUGGAGAAAUGUAACUGGAUCAGAGGGAAAGUUUCUGGUGAAGGCCACCAAUGCACCAGUUCCAGUAUUGGACAAAACUAUGAGGUUACUACCUAUGUGCUUCAACGAUUCAGCCCUAAACAGGGCAACAAAAGCUUUAAAAAAAUAAAAAUAAAAAAAAAGUGUGUGUAUGCUUUGUUCAAGAGAGUGUGUGAAAAAUGGAUGAGAGCAAAAUGACAAUCUUAUUUUUUCUCUAAUGCAAAAUCUAUUUUUGCACUCAGCAUUCAUCCACUUUUAAAAAGCACAUAUUUAAUGUAAGGGAAUUUAAUGUUAAGCAUCAAACUCAUUAUUCAGGCUUAUAUACAGUGCCUCGGCUCACUCUGUUCCUGUUUUAUUGUUUUAACUAUGGAUCACAGUUGAUUCUUGAACAUUAAUUAUUGUGAUUCAUAGUUGAGAAAAUGAAACAUGAAGUCCAAAGGGGGUGAACGUGUUCUGUUGGCACGCUACCACUGUAUGUUAAAUUAUAUUGUUGCAUUGACUUUGCUAGUUUACUUUUUUUUCUGGGAAGGGUUCCCAGUGUUUUUUUUUCUUUUUUUGGCAUUUGUUUAUGUAUGAAUUUAAUUUAAUUCAUUAAUUUACAUAAAUUUCAAUAAAAGCAAAAUUGUGUAUG